AUGGAGGUAGCGAUAGGACAAGUUCAAUUAAGAGCUAAUCAUAACUAUAGUACAUAUGGAAAUGGAUACGCUAAGGAUUUUAUAGGAAACGAUAAAGUAUAUAUUUUAGAUGUUUAUAAUCGAAAUAUUUACCCUUGCGACAAAAAAGCUAAAAAAGGCAUUGCUCGGAUUGUUGAAUUGGAUAAUUAUACUUCCGAUUCAGAAUAUUUAUAUUUAAUAAAACAAAACCUAAAACAAGCUUUAGAUGAGUUUAGACCUGAUCUAAUGGUUUAUAACGCCGGAACGGAUGUUUUAGAAGGUGAUUCGUUGGGUCGAUUAGCAAUAACACCUGAUGGUAUUAUACAAAGAGAUGAAUUAGUUUUUCAAAUGGCUCGUGAUGCUUGCAUUCCUAUAGUUAUGUUAACCAGUGGAGGUUAUUUACAAGAAACGGCUAUCGUUAUCGCUCAUUCCAUUGAAAAUUUGCAUAGAAAUCGACUCAUAGUGGGACCUGAUAAGAAGUAGAAGUUUUUUUCAAACAAUUUUGAAAUAUAUAAUAUUUUACUUUUUUAGACGUUUUAAAUUAAAAU